CACACACACACACACACACACACACACACACACACACACACACACCGCUCAUCACUACAUCCACACGUCUCCACAGAGGAGGAAGCACCGGAUAUUUGGGGUCUUUUGGGGGGAUUUACUGCCUCUUUUCAGAUGUCUGGAGGAGGAAUAUCUAAGAGCUCCAACUAAGAUCUUGGCUCUGGCAGAUAUUUCCUGCAGCUCUCUGGCAGCCGGACGCUUCCUCAGCAGAGCGGCUGCUGGCAGAGCAACAUCUGAGCAGGUCAUGAAGCCUCAGGAGGCCGAGCUCGUCUCUGAGAUCUCAAAGCUGCAGGGCAUGGUGUCGGAGCUGAAGUCGGGCUUCAGCGGCGCCCUGAUGGAGCUCAGUCAGAUCCAGCAUGGAGACAGCGACCUGAGGGAGGAGCUGCAGGAGAACCGGAGGAGCUGCAGGAAGAAGGCUCUGCGUGUGGAGGCGCUGGUGGAGGCUCUGAGGGAUGAGCUCGGGGUGAUGAGCGGUCAGAUCCUGCAGCUCUACAGACAGAAACCUCUGGAGGAAGACAAGAGCGCCACAGCCAAGAGCGGUGAUGUGUGUGAGCGCAGGACGCAGUGUGUGUGUGCUGCGUCGUGUGUGUCCCGGGGGAAGCUGCUGCUGCACUGCUUCCUGCAGGGACUCAAAGCCGGACUGAAUGAGGGCACUGACGCUCGUCAUCAGGUGGCGAUGCAGCUGCUCCACUCGGAGUGGGAAUACGUGUCGACGUUAAACCAGCUGUACGACAAAUACAGGAAGCCCCCGGACCACCUGAUGACCCUGGAGCCAUAGUGAGUACACCUUUAUAUAUACAAACAUACAAACACAACUUUACUCAUCAUGGUUUCUGUAUGAAUUCUGCAACUCAGAGGGAAGUUUUGGGUGUUUUAAAAUAAUAAAUAAAACUAUAAUUGA